AUGUCACGGCCAAUUAUAAAGAUACUUAACAAAGGGAUCGUUUUUGAGCAUUCCAAACGUCUUAGGACUUCAAGCGAUGAUGAUACUGAGGAGGAGUCCUUGUCGCCAUCUAUAUCAGAACGCUUUAAAAGACCCUGUACUGAAAUAUACCCACAGGCCCCAAACUUUUCUUGUGAGGCAUAUUACAAUAAUACAAUCAUACCAUUUCAACUUUCAAUGCCUUUGAAAUUCUCACGAGGUGUUGUUUUGUUUUUUUACGAACGAGACUUCAUGGAACAAGCAUCAGUGGAUAUCAAUCAGAUCGAGAAUAACCUUGCGUAUUUUUCAAGUGUCCAAGUUUUGCCUAUUGCUGUUUCUGUAGACACUAUCAAUAAUCAUAAGGCAUUUCUCGAUAGGCCUGAUGUUUAUGGAAUCAUAGAUCCAAUAUCAUUUCCAUUAUGCAAAUCAGCAUUUAUCAUUGAUAAAGAAGGCUUUGUAAUGUACAAAUUUAAACCACGUUACGUUGAUAAACCAGUGCCUUAUCCAAUGAACCUAAUUUUUUCAAAGGCAAGUCUGUACAUUAAUAUUAUCACUAUUAUUGUGUCUUGGCUUGUUGAAGUAAGCCCAUUGACAUUACCACAUCCUGUUAAUUAA